ACCACCACUAGUAUUAAUGGCUACCACCACUAGUAUACAUGGCUACCACCACUAGUAUUAAUGGCUACCACCACUAGUAUACAUGGCUACCACCACUAGUAUACAUGGCUACCACCACUAGUAUACACGGCUACCACCACUAGUAUACACGGCUACCACCACUAGUAUACAUGGCUACCACCACUAGUAUACAUGGCUACCACCACUAGUAUUAAUGGCUACCACCACUAGUAUACAUGGCUACCACCACUAGUAUACAUGGCUACCACCACUAGUAUACAUGGCUACCACUAGUAUACAUGGCUACCACCACUAGUAUACAUGGCUACCACCACUAGUAUACAUGGCUACCACUAAUAUACAUGGCUACCACCACUAGUAUACAUGGCUACCACCACUAGUAUACAUGGCUACCACUAGUAUACAUGGCUACCACCACUAGUAUACAUGGCUACCACCACUAGUAUACAUGGCUACCACUAGUAUACAUGGCUACCACCACUAGUAUACAUGGCUACCACUAGUAUACACGGCUACCACCACUAGUAUACAUGGCUACCACUAGUAUACACGGCUACCACCACUAGUAUACACGGCUACCACCACUAGUAUACAUGACUACCACCACUAGUAUACAUGGCUACCACCACUAGUAUACAUGGCUACCACCACUAGUAUACAUGGCUACCACCACUAGUAUACAUGGCUACCACCACUAGUAUACAUGGCUACCACCACUAGUAUACAUGGCUACCACCACUAGUAUACAUGGCUACCACCACUAGUAUACAUGGCUACCACCACUAGUAUACAUGGCUACCACCACUAGUAUACAUGGCUACCACCACUAGGGUACAUGGCUACCACUAGUAUACAUGGCUACCACCACUAGUAUACAUGGCUACCACCACUAGUAUACAUGGCUACCACCACUAGUAUACAUGGCUACCACUAGUAUACAUGGCUACCACCACUAGUAUACAUGGCUACCACCACUAGUAUACAUGGCUACCACCACUAGUAUACAUGGCUACUACCACUAGUAUACAUGGCUACCACUAGUAUACAUGGCUACCCCACUAGUAUACAUGGCUACCACCACUAGUAUACAUGGCUACCACCACUAGUAUUAAUGGCUACCACCACUAGUAUACAUGGCUACCACCACUAGUAUACAUGGCUACCACCACUAGUAUACAUGGCUACCACCACUAGUAUACAUGGCUACCACCACUAGUAUACAUGACUACCACCACUAGUAUACAUGGCUACCACCACUAGUAUACAUGGCUACCACCACUAGUAUACAUGGCUACCACUAGUAUACAUGGCUACUACCACUAGUAUACAUGGCUACCACCACUAGUAUACAUGGCUACCACUAGUAUACAUGGCUACCACCACUAGUAUACAUGGCUACCACCACUAGUAUACAUGGCUACCACCACUAGUAUUAAUGGCUACCACCACUAGUAUACAUGGCUACCACCACUAGUAUACAUGGCUACCACUAGUAUACAUGGCUACCACCACUAGUAUACAUGGCUACCACCACUAGUAUACAUGGAUACCACCACUAGUAUACAUGGCUACCACCACUAGUAUACAUGGCUACCACCACUAGUAUACAUGGCUACUACCACUAGUAUACAUGGCUACCACCACUAGUAUACAUGGCUACCACCACUAGUAUACAUGGCUACCGCUAGUAUACAUGGCUACCACCACUAGUAUACAUGGCUACCACCACUAGUAUACAUGGCUACCACCACUAGUAUACAUGACUACCACCACUAGUAUACAUGGCUACCACCACUAGUAUACAUGGCUACCACCACUAGUAUACAUGGCUACCACCACUAGUAUUAAUGGCUACCACCACUAGUAUACAUGGCUACCACCACUAGUAUACAUGGCUACCACCACUAGUAUACAUGGCUACCACCACUAGUAUACAUGGCUACCACCACUAGUAUACUUGGCUACCACCACUAGUAUACAUGGCUACCACCACUAGUAUACAUGGCUACCACCACUAGUAUACAUGACUACCACCACUAGUAUACAUGGCUACCACCACUAGUAUACAUGGCUACCACCACUAGUAAUAAUGAAUAUAAUAAUAAUAAUAAUAAUUAGUCAUUUAGCAGACGCUCUUAUCCAGAGCGACUUACAGGAGCAAUUAGGGUUAAGUGCCUUGCUCAAGGGCACAUCGACAGAUUUUUCACCUAGUCGGCUCGGGGAUUAGAACCAGCGACCUUUCGGUUACUGGCACAACGCUCUUAACCACUAAGCUACCUGCCGCCCAUGGCUACCACCACUAGUAUACAUGGCUACCACUAGUAUACAUGGCUACCACCACUAGUAUACAUGACUACCACCACUAGUAUACAUGGCUACCACUAGUAUACAUGGCUACCACUAGUAUACAUGGCUACCACCACUAGUAUACUUGGCUACCACCACUAGUAUACAUGGCUACCACCACUAGUAUACAUGGCUACCACCACUAGUAUACAUGGCUACCACUAGUAUACACGGCUACCACCACUAGUAUACAUGGCUACCACCACUAGUAUACAUGACUACCACCACUAGUAUACACGGCUACUACCACUAGUAUACAUGGCUACCACCACUAGUAUACAUGGCUACCACCACUAGUAUACAUGGCUACCACCACUAGUAUACAUGGCUACCACCACUAGUAUACAUGGCUACCACCACUAGUAUACAUGGCUACCACCACUAGUAUACACGGCUACCACCACUAGUAUACAUGGCUACCACCACUAGUAUACAUGGCUACCACCACUAGUAUACAUGGCUACCACCACUAGUAUACAUGGCUACCACCACUAGUAUACAUGGCUACCACUAGUAUACAUGGCUACUACCACUAGUAUACAUGGCUACCACUAGUAUACAUGGCUACCGCUAGUAUACAUGGCUACCACCACUAGUAUACAUGGCUACCACCACUAGUAUACAUGGCUACCACCACUAGUAUACAUGGCUACCACCACUAGUAUACAUGGCUACCACCACUAGUAUACAUGGCUACCGCUAGUAUACAUGGCUACCACCACUAGUAUACAUGGCUACCACCACUAGUAUACAUGGCUACCACCACUAGUAUACAUGGCUACCACCACUAGUAUACAUGGCUACCGCUAGUAUACAUGGCUACCACCACUAGUAUACAUGGCUACCACCACUAGUAUACAUGGCUACCACCACUAGUAUACAUGGCUACCACCACUAGUAUACACGGCUACCACUAGUAUACAUGGCUACCACUAGUAUACAUGGCUACCACCACUAGUAUACAUGGCUACCACUAGUAUACAUGGCUACCACCACUAGUAUACAUGGGCUACCACCACAAGUAUACAUGGCUACCACCACUAGUAUACACGGCUACCACCACUAGUAUACAUGGCUACCACCACUAGUAUACAUGGCUACCACCACUAGUAUACAUGGCUACUACCACUAGUAUACAUGGCUACCACUAGUAUACAUGGCUACUACCACUAGUAUACAUGGCUACCACUAGUAUACAUGGCUACCGCUAGUAUACAUGGCUACCACCACUAGUAUACAUGGCUACCACCACUAGUAUACAUGGCUACCACCACUAGUAUACAUGGCUACCACCACUAGUAUACAUGGCUACCACCACUAGUAUACAUGGCUACCACCACUAGUAUACAUGGCUACCACUAGUAUGCAUGACUACCACCACUAGUAUACACGGCUACCACUAGUAUACAUGGCUACCACCACUAGUAUACAUGGCUACCACCACUAGUAUACAUGGCUACCACCACUAGUAUACAUGGCUACCACCACUAGUAUACAUGGCUACCACCACUAGUAUACACGGCUACCACCACUAGUAUACACGGCUACCACUAGUAUACAUGGCUACCACCACUAGUAUACAUGGCUACCACUAGUAUACAUGACUACCACCACUAGUAUACACGGCUACCACCACUAGUAUACAUGGCUACCACUAGUAUACAUGGCUACCACCACUAGUAUACAUGGCUACCACCACUAGUAUACACGGCUACCACCACUAGUAUACAUGGCUACCACCACUAGUAUACAUGGCUACCACCACUAGUAUACAUGGCUACCACCACUAGUAUACACGGCUACCACUAGUAUACAUGGCUACCACCACUAGUAUACAUGGCUACCACCACUAGUAUACAUGACUACCACCACUAGUAUACACGGCUACCACCACUAGUAUACAUGGCUACCACUAGUAUACAUGGCUACCACCACUAGUAUACAUGGCUACCACCACUAGUAUACAUGGCUACCACUAGUAUACAUGGCUACCACCACUAGUAUACAUGGCUACCACCACUAGUAUACACGGCUACCACUAGUAUACAUGGCUACCACCACUAGUAUACAUGGCUACCACUAGUAUACAUGGCUACCACCACUAGUAUACAUGGCUACCACCACUAGUAUACACGGCUACCACUAGUAUACAUGGCUACCACCACUAGUAUACAUGGCUACCACUAGUAUACAUGACUACCACCACUAGUAUACACGGCUACCACCACUAGUAUACAUGGCUACCACUAGUAUACAUGGCUACUACCACUAGUAUACAUGGCUACCACCACUAGUAUACAUGGCUACCACCACUAGUAUACAUGGCUACCACCACUAGUAUACAUGGCUACCACCACUAGUAUACAUGGCUACCACCACUAGUAUACAUGGCUACUACCACUAGUAUACAUGGCUACCACCACUAGUAUACAUGGCUACCACCACUAGUAUACAUGGCUACCACCACUAGUAUACAUGGCUACUACCACUAGUAUACAUGGCUACCACCACUAGUAUACAUGGCUACCACCACUAGUAUACAUGGCUACCACCACUAGUAUACAUGGCUACCACCACUAGUAUACAUGGCUACCACCCUAUACAUGCAUGGCUACCACUAGUAUACAUGGCUACCACUAGUAUACAUGGCUACUACCACUAGUAUACAUGGCUACCACUAGUAUACAUGGCUACCGCUAGUAUACAUGGCUACCACCACUAGUAUACAUGGCUACCACCACUAGUAUACAUGGCUACCACCACUAGUAUACAUGGCUACUACCACUAGUAUACAUGGCUACCACCACUAGUAUACAUGGCUACCCACCACUAGUAUACAUGGCUACCGCUAGUAUACAUGGCUACCACCACUAGUAUACAUGGCUACCACCACUAGUAUACAUGGCUACCACCACUAGUAUACAUGGCUACCACCACUAGUAUACAUGGCUACCGCUAGUAUACAUGGCUACCACCACUAGUAUACAUGGCUACCACCACUAGUACACAUGGCUACCACCACUAGUAUACAUGGCUACCACCACUAGUAUACACGGCUACCACUAGUAUACAUGGCUACCACUAGUAUACAUGGCUACCACCACUAGUAUACAUGGCUACCACUAGUAUACAUGGCUACCACCACUAGUAUACAUGGCUACCACCACAAGUAUACAUGGCUACCACCACUAGUAUACACGGCUACCACCACUAGUAUACAUGGCUACCACCACUAGUAUACAUGGCUACCACCACUAGUAUACAUGGCUACUACCACUAGUAUACAUGGCUACCACUAGUAUACAUGGCUACUACCACUAGUAUACAUGGCUACCACUAGUAUACAUGGCUACCGCUAGUAUACAUGGCUACCACCACUAGUAUACAUGGCUACCACCACUAGUAUACAUGGCUACCACCACUAGUAUACAUGGCUACCACCACUAGUAUACAUGGCUACCACCACUAGUAUACAUGGCUACCACCACUAGUAUACAUGGCUACCACUAGUAUGCAUGACUACCACCACUAGUAUACACGGCUACCACUAGUAUACAUGGCUACCACCACUAGUAUACAUGGCUACCACCACUAGUAUACAUGGCUACCACCACUAGUAUACAUGGCUACCACCACUAGUAUACACGGCUACCACUAGUAUACAUGGCUACCACCACUAGUAUACAUGGCUACCACUAGUAUACAUGACUACCACCACUAGUAUACACGGCUACCACCACUAGUAUACAUGGCUACCACUAGUAUACAUGGCUACCACCACUAGUAUACAUGGCUACCACCACUAGUAUACACGGCUACCACCACUAGUAUACAUGGCUACCACCACUAGUAUACAUGGCUACCACCACUAGUAUACAUGGCUACCACCACUAGUAUACACGGCUACCACUAGUAUACAUGCUACCACCACUAGUAUACAUGGCUACCACCACUAGUAUACAUGACUACCACCACUAGUAUACACGGCUACCACCACUAGUAUACAUGGCUACCACUAGUAUACAUGGCUACCACCACUAGUAUACAUGGCUACCACCACUAGUAUACAUGGCUACCACUAGUAUACAUGGCUACCACCACUAGUAUACAUGGCUACCACCACUAGUAUACACGGCUACCACUAGUAUACAUGGCUACCACCACUAGUAUACAUGGCUACCACUAGUAUACAUGGCUACCACCACUAGUAUACAUGGCUACCACCACUAGUAUACACGGCUACCACUAGUAUACAUGGCUACCACCACUAGUAUACAUGGCUACCACUAGUAUACAUGACUACCACCACUAGUAUACACGGCUACCACCACUAGUAUACAUGGCUACCACUAGUAUACACGGCUACCACCACUAGUAUACACCACACAUAUAGACACGUUUAAGGCCUCAUAUUGGAGAUCGUCCCAUUGGCUACCACCACUAGUAUACAUGGCUACUACCACUAGUAUACAUGGCUACCACCACUAGUAUACAUGACUACCACCACUAGUAUACACGGCUACCACUAGUAUACAUGGCUACCACCACUAGUAUACAUGACUACCACCACUAGUAUACACGGCUACCACUAGUAUACAUGGCUACCACCACUAGUAUACAUGGCUACCACCACUAGUAUACACGGCUACCACUAGUAUACAUGGCUACCACCACUAGUAUACAUGGCUACUACCACUAGUAUACAUGGCUACCACCACUAGUAUACAUGACUACCACCACUAGUAUACACGGCUACCACUAGUAUACAUGGCUACCACCACUAGUAUACAUGGCUACCACCACUAGUAUACAUGACUACCACCACUAGUAUACACGGCUACCACCACUAGUAUACAUGGCUACCACUAGUAUACAUGGCUACCACCACUAGUAUACAUGGCUACCACCACUAGUAUACAUGGCUACCACCACUAGUAUACACGGCUACCACUAGUAUACAUGGCUACCACCACUAGUAUACAUGGCUACCACUAGUAUACAUGACUACCACCACUAGUAUACACGGCUACCACCACUAGUAUACAUGGCUACCACUAGUAUACAUGGCUACCACUAGUAUACAUGACUACCACCACAAGUAUACAUGGCUACCACCACUAGUAUACACGGCUACCACCACUAGUAUACACGGCUACCACUAGUAUACAUGGCUACCACCACUAGUAUACAUGGCUACUACCACUAGUAUACAUGGCUACCACCACUAGUAUACAUGACUACCACCACUAGUAUACACGGCUACCACUAGUAUACAUGGCUACCACCACUAGUAUACAUGGCUACCACCACUAGUAUACAUGACUACCACCACUAGUAUACACGGCUACCACCACUAGUAUACAUGGCUACCACUAGUAUACAUGGCUACCACCACUAGUAUACAUGGCUACCACCACUAGUAUACAUGGCUACCACCACUAGUAUACACGGCUACCACUAGUAUACAUGGCUACCACCACUAGUAUACAUGGCUACCACUAGUAUACAUGACUACCACCACUAGUAUACACGGCUACCACCACUAGUAUACAUGGCUACCACUAGUAUACAUGGCUACCACUAGUAUACAUGACUACCACCACAAGUAUACAUGGCUACCACCACUAGUAUGCAUGGCUACCACCACUAGUAUACAUGGCUACCACCACUAGUAUACAUGACUACCACCACUAGUAUACAUGGCUACCACCACUAGUAUACAUGGCUACCACCACUAGUAUACAUGGCUACCACUAGUAUACACGGCUACCACUAGUAUACAUGGCUACCACCACUAGUAUACAUGACUACCACCACUAGUAUACAUGGCUACCACCACUAGUAUACAUGGCUACCACCACUAGUAUACAUGGCUACCACUAGUAUACAUGGCUACCACCACUAGUAUACAUGGCUACCACCACUAGUAUACAUGGCUACCACCACUAGUAUACAUGGCUACCACCACUAGUAUACAUGGCUACCAAUACUAGUAUACAUGGCUACCACCACUAGUAUACAUGGCUACCACCACUAGUAUACAUGGCUACCACCACUAGUAUACAUGGCUACCACCACUAGUAUACAUGACUACCACCACUAGUAUACAUGGCUACCACUAGUAUGCAUGACUACCACCACUAGUAUACAUGGCUACCACCACUAGUAUACAUAGCUACCACCACUAGUAUACAUGGCUACCACCACUAGUAUACAUGGCUACCACCACUAGUAUACAUGACUACCACCACUAGUAUACAUGGCUACCACCACUAGUAUACACGGCUACCACCACUAGUAUACAUGGCUACCACCACUAGUAUACAUGACUACCACCACUAGUAUACAUGGCUACCACCACUAGUAUACAUGGCUACCACCACUAGUAUACAUGGCUACCACUAGUAUACAUGGCUACCACCACUAGUAUACAUGACUACCACCAUUAGUAUACUUGGCUACCACCACUAGUAUACAUGGCUACCACCACUAGUAUACAUGGCUACCACCACUAGUAUACAUGGCUACCACCACUAGUAUACAUGGCUACCACCACUAGUAUACAUGGCUACCACCACUAGUAUACAUGGCUACCACUAGUAUGCAUGACUACCACCACUAGUAUACAUGGCUACCACCACUAGAAUACACCACACAUAUAGACACGUUUAAGGCCUCAUAUUGGAGAUCGUCCCAUUGGCUACCAUUGGUUUAUGGGUCAGCUUGUAACCUGUAAUCAAUUACCCAAUCCUAUAAGUGAGUACUAUUUUCAUAGUAUGUUAAAAACAAUACAUAUACGCCGUUAAGCCAAUCAUACUUCAUGACUGUUGCCUCCCGUUUCAGUUUAAUGUGAUGGUAAUCGUUUGUUUAAUGAUAAUUAUUAGGUGGUGGUCACUAGCUGCAAUGUAGCCUAGCUUUUAGCUGGUUAGCUAGCUGCUCUGUAAGAUAGCUUGACUUGCUAAAAAGUUAUAGAAAUAAGUUGAGGAAAAAGUGAUUAAACUGAACAUGUUUUAUUAUCAACUGAAACAAUAGAGUUGAAGUCGGAAGUUUACAUACACCUUAGCCAAAUACAUUUAAACUCAGUUUUUCCACAAUUCCUGACAUUUAAUCCUAGUAAAAAUUCCCUGUUUUAGGUCAGUUAGGAUCACCACUUCAUUUUAAGAAUGUGAAAUGUCAGAAUAAUAGUAGAGAGAAUGAUGUAUUUCAGCUUUUAUUUCUUUCAUCACAUUCCCAGUGGGUCAGAAGUUUACAUACACUCAAUUAGUUUUUGGUAGCAUUGCCUUUAAAUUGUUUAACUUGGGUCAAACAUGUCGGGUAGCCUUCCACAAGCUUCCCACAAUAAGUUGGGUGAAUUUUGGACCAUUCCUCCUGACAGAGCUGGUGUAACUGAAUCAGGUUUGUAGGCCUCCUUGCUCGCACACGCUUUUUCAGUUCUGCCCACAAAUGUUCUAUAGGAUUGAGGUCAGGGCUUUGUGAUGGCCACUCCAAAACCUUGACUUUGGAAGACCAUUUGUGACCAAGCUUUAACUUCCUGACUGAUGUCUUGAGAUGUUGCUUCAAUAUAUCCACAUAAUUUUCCUUCCUCAUGAUGCCAUCUAUUUUGUGAAGUGCACCAGUCCCUCCUGCAGCAAAGGACCCCCACAGCAUGAUGCUGCCACCCCCGUGCUUCACGGUUGGGAUGGUGUUCUUUGGCUUGCAAGCCACCCCCUUUUCCUCCAAACAUAACAAUGGUCAUUAUGGCCAUAAAGUUAUAUUUUUGUUUCAUCAGACCAGAGGACAUUUCUCCAAAAAGUAUGAUCUUUGUCCCCAUGUGCAGUUGCAAACCGUAUUCUGGCUUUUUUAUGGCGGUUUUGGAGCAGUGGCUUCUUCCUUGCUGAGCGGCCUUUCAGGUUAUGUUGAUAUAGGACUCGUUUUACUGUGGAUAUAGAUACUUUUGUACCUGUUUCCUCCAGCAUCUUCACAAGGUCCUUUGCUGUUGUUCUGGGAUUGAUUUGCACUUGUCGCACCAAAGUACGUUCAUCUCUAGGAGACAGAACGCGUCUCCUUCCUGAGCGGUAUGACGGCUGCGUGGUCCCGUGGUGUUUACACUUGCGUACUAUUGUUUGUACAGAUGAACGUGGUACCUUCAGGCAUUUGGAAAUUGCUCCCAAGGAUGAACCAGACUUGUAGAGGUCUACAAUAUUAUUUCUAAGGUCUUGGCUGAUUUCUUUUGAUUUUCCAAUGAUGUCAAGCAAAGAUGCACUGAGUUCGAAGGUAGGCCUUGAAAUACAUCCACAGGUACACCUCCAAUUGACUCUAAUGAUGUAAAUUAGCCUAUCAGAAGCUUCUAAAGCCAUGACUUCAUUGUCCUGAAUUUUCCAAGCUAUUUAAAGGCACAAUCAACUUAGUGUAUGUAAACUUCUGACCCACUGGAAUUGUGAUACAGUGAAUUAUAAGUGAAAUAAUCUGUCUGUAAACAAUUGUUGGAAAAAUUACUUGUGUCAUGCACAAAGUAGAUGUCCUAACAGACUUACCAAAACUAUAGUUUGUUAACAAGACAUUUGUGGAGUGGUUGAAAAACGAGUUUUAAUGACUCCAACCUAAGUGUAUGUAAACUUCCGACUUCAACUGUAUGUUUCUCCUGUCUUGAAUGAAAAAGUCAUAUUUUGUAAUCUCCCAAAAUGAAACCCUAUUCUAAACUCUCUGUCCAGUAGCGGAACGAGAUUGCAUGAAGUUGAUGUACAGUUUAAUGAAAUACUUCAUAACGUAAACGGGGCAUCAGACCAAAAAUGUGUAUAUUUAAACAAUCACAUCAGACUGACUGACAUAUGUAGUAGUGAUGGGCGUCUUCCACGUCUUUCCGGCUCCAUUCCCGUAAAAGAGCAGGCUCAUUCAUUCAAAACGCUUAAAAAUGUAUCCAGGCUAGAACCACAGAGUUUCUAAACCCAGAGGCGCAACAUCGCAAGACUUCCUGGAAAGCUAGCGAAGCAGACAGGGCCGGUGUUUCGGGUUAGAGAAGUCAAUGAGAGAAGUGUAACGUUCUUCCUUAGUUGUUAAUGUUUCUCGAAAUCUAAAGGCACAACCUAGAUUCGAGCCCACGUCUUAAUUAGUUGAAUAUGUUAUUACUCCAACCUCAUGAAAGUGACAAACUGACAUGUUUUCAUUUUCGUAAAAAAAAAAAAAAAAAAACGUUAUAUUGAAGGCGUGCCUUUGAUUUGACAGCAUGCACAUGCACAGUUCAGCCAUUUGACCCGAUUAUGAGUUUCUGUGCAUGAGUUUAGCUAGCCAACGUCGCCGUGACAUCGCCUACACGCUUGUGAUCCGGUUUCUAUUGGAGAACAGUUUCUCCCUAUCUUCAUACUGUACUGCAGGGUUCUUCAAUUCCGGUCCUGGAGGGCCGAAACACCUCUGGUUUCCAUCCUCUCCUUCUAAUCAGGGGCUAAUUCAGACCUGGGACACCAGGUGAGUGCAAUUAACUACCAGGUAGAAAUAAAAAACAGAAGGGUUUCGGCCCUCCGGGACCGGAAUUGAAGAACCCUGCUGUACUGUCUUUGCUAGAACCAUGAAAAAAUCCGUGUUCAAAUACAUUUUUAUACCUGUCCAAAUUAUUAGAUCAUCUAUUUUUAAUGCACUGCAAAAAUGAGCCUCUCCCCACUAUUUAUUGUUUCUGCAGUGAAGAUUCACCCUCUUUAGAUAAUUAUUUAGUAAUUGAUCUGCAUAUAAUCGUUGUUUUGAGCUCAAAAAGAUGUAGGCUAGUAUGAAAAUCAGGGAGCUCUUUCACCGAUGUGAUUCGCUUCCCGACGUUCAUCAAGAAGUUCCGUUCAAAAAGAGCCCUUCGUUCACGAACGACCCAUCACUAAUCUGUAGCAAACAUAUUGUGCUUUAAAGACAACUGGGAACUCAGGGGGGGGGGGAAACGAGGUCAAAGCAUGAGGUCAGUGAUCGAUCAGGUCGGAAAGAGCUCUAGAAAGAGACCCGAGUUCUCGACUUGGAUGACCUGUUCUAUACGAUUUUCCCCAAUCGGAGCUCGUUUUUUUUCCCGAGUUCCCAUUUGUCUUGAAAGAACUGAAGUCGGAGAAUUACAAGUUCCCAGUUGUUUUUGAUGACGGCUACAGAGCAGCGGAAGAUUUCAGUUUGAGUCGUCAGGCAAUAUUAUUGCACACCAGCCAUCGGGGUUAGGAAAGCGGCAGCUCUGUCUGUCUGCCGCUUCCUGGUUCUGCUGGCGACAUUGUGACGGUCAGUGAGUGAGUCAGAAGAACAGCAGCUCGUACGUUCACUCUCGGAAGACAAGGUAAGGAGCAUGUCCUUUUUAUGAUAUUGGAAUUUUAGGCCGCAACUAAUCAAAUUUUAGGCAAAAUCGCGCUUUUCGGGAAACUGCGGGUGAAACGACUGGCUACUUUCAGUGCAGUAAACGAGAUGUCGACACAACACUUGAGUUGCGAGAAUAGAUAUGUCGCCUAGCUACCGGGUUUCUGUCUGGAAGGGAACGGAAUAGGCUACGGAGAUUUACUACAUAGAGAAAUGACCACCGGCCGCAGGUGUCUUCUCGCACUGUGGGUCGCCUACUGCCUAUGUCUUAUCGCACUGUGGGUCGCCUACUGCCUAUGUCUUAUCGCACUGUGGGUCGCCUACUGCCUAUGUCUUAUCGCACUGUGGGUCGCCUACUGCCUAUGUCUUAUCGCACUGUGGGUCGCCUACUGCCUAUGUCUUAUCGCACUGUGGGUCGCCUACUGCCUAUGUCUUAUCGCACUGUGGGUCGCCUACUGCCUAUGUCUUAUCGCACUGUGGGUCGGCCUACUGCCUAUGUCUUAUCGCACUGUGGGUCGCCUACUGCCUAUGUCUUAUCGUACUGUGGGUCGCCUACUGCCUAUGUCUUAUCGCACUGUGGGUCGCCUACUGCCUAUGUCCGCGCGUAAAGCAUGUUUUUGAUUUGGUCAGCAUUUACCACAAAUACAAAGUAGGAACAUGUCUUUAGACUAGCCUGGAACUUGACUAUGUAAAUUACUGCGGUUGUAUAAAUAGAAGCGGUCAGCAAAGAUAAAGUAUGAAAGAAGUUUGAGGGAGAUAACGUUCACUGAAAGCGCCACACUACACACAAUACACGCUUGUCCUUAUUCCAGAAAGUCCACCAGAUUUGUAGUGCAUUCUGAAAGUAUUCAUACCCCUUCUUUUUUUUACCCCGUUUUUGUUACGUUACAGCCUUAUUCUAAAAUGGAUAAAAUAAAUCGUGUUCCCUCAAUAUACACACAAUACCCCAUAAUGACAAAGCGAAAACUUUUUUUUUUAUAUAGAAAAAACGGAAAUACCUUAUUUACAUAAGUAUUCAGACCCUUUGCUAUGAGACUGGAAAUUGAGCUCAGGUGCAUCCUGUUUCCAUUGAUCAUCCUUGAGAUGUUUCUACAACUUGAUUGUAGUCCAUCUGUGGUAAAUUCAGUUUAUUGGACAUGAUUUGGAAAGGCACACACCUGUCUAUAUAAGGUCCCACAGUUGACAGUGCAUGUCAGAGUAAAAACCAAGCAAUGAGGUCGAAGGAAUUGUCCAUAGAGCUCCGAGAUCGGAUUGUGUCGAGGCACAGAUCUGGGGAAGGUUACCAAAACAUGUCUGCAGCAUUGGAGGUCCCCAAGAACACAGUGGCCUCCAUCAUUCUUAAAUGGAAGAAGUUUGGAACCUCCAAGACUCUUCCUAGAGCUGGCCGCCCGGACAAACUGAGCAAUCGGGGGAGAAGGGCCUUGGUCAGGGAGGUGACCAAAAACCUGAUGGUCACUCUGACAGAGCUCCAGAGUUCCUCUGUGGAGAUGGGAGAACCUUCCAGAAGGACAACCAUCUCUGCAGCACUCCACCAAUCAGGCCUUUAUGAUAGAGUGGCCAGACGGAAGCCACUCCUCAGUAAAAGGCACAUGACAGCCCGCCAGGAGUUUGCCAAAAGGUACGUAAAAGACUACCAGACCAUGAGAAACAAGAUUCUCUGGUCUGGAUGAAACCAAGAUUGAACUCUUUGGCCUGAAUGCCAGCCUCACGUCUAGAGGAAAACGUGAAACCAAUCCCUACAAUGAAACCUGGUGGUUGGCAGCACUAAAAACAACCCUACACACAACCAAAAACUACCGACACACACAAAACACAACAAAAAAACGGUGACAGUACAAACACACCAAACAACAACACACCCAAACACACACACUACUACAAACACUACACACCCUAUACAACACACACACACACACACUACCUACACACAACACACCAACACACACACACACAACACACACACACUACCUACACACACACACACACACCACUACCUACACACACACACACACAAACACACACACAUACCCACACACCACACACUACACACACACAACGACCACACACACACCACACACACACACAAACAACUACCUCACACACACACCACACACACACCUACACACACAACCACACACACCACAACACACACUACACAACAACACACACACACACACCACUACCUACACACACACAACACACUACUAACACCCAUCACACACUACACACACACACACACAUACCCACCAACACACUACCUACACACCACACACACACUACCUACACACACACACACCCACACCACACCACACACACACACACCACACACACACACACCUACUACACACACACACACACACAACACUACCUCACACACCACGCACACCCACUACCUACACACACACCACUACACACACACACCACCACUACCUAACCACACACCACACUACCACACCACCACUACACAACACCCACACUACCACGCACACAACACACACACACCUACCUACACACACCACACCACACACCACUACCUACACCACUCCACACACACACCUGCUCCCACACUACACGGCGCUCCCACAUCUACAGGCGUCCCCACACUACACUGCUCCCACUCAUCUACAGCUAGACUCCCACACACACCCACACUACACUUACCUACACCACACACACUCACUCCACACUACAGCUGUCCCACUAUCCACAGGCGUCCCCACUAUCUACAGGCGUCUCCCACUACUACAAGCGCCCACACACAGGCUUUCCCCACUACCUACAGCACUUUACUACCACACCUACAUAGCGACCUCCAACACUACCUGCUACAGCUUGUCCUCCCCACUACUACAGGCUUGUCACCUCCACACACAGGCUUCCCCACUACUACAGGCUUGUCUCCCACUACCUACAGGCUUGUCUCCCACUACCUACAGGCUUGUCUCCCACUAUCUACAGGCUUGUCUCCCCCUAUCUACAGGCUUGUCUCCCACUAUCUACAGGCUUGUCUCCCACUAUCUACAGGCUUGUCUCCCACAUCUACAGGCUUGUCUCCCACUAUCUACAGGCUUGUCUCCCACUAUCUACAGGCUUGUCUCCCACUAUCUACAGGCUUGUCUCCCACUAUCUACAGGCUUGUCUCCCACUAUCUACAGGCUUGUCUCCCACUAUCUACAGGCUUGUCUCCCACUACCUACAGGCUUGUCUCCCACUAUCUCAGGCUUGCCCUCCCACUACCCUACAGGCUUGUCUCCCACAAAUCUAACGGGCUUGUCUCCCACUACCUACAGGCUUGUCUCCCACUACCUACAGGCUUGUUUUCCCACUAUCUACAGGCUUGUCUCCCACUAUCUACAGGCUUGUCUCCCACUUGAAUGUUCUCGUUGAGCCAGACUGGGUUGAACCUCUGUUUCAUUGUUCAGGAUGUAAUUAUUGAUAUAUUUUUACAGCUCUAGGGAAAUAAUGAUUCCUUGGAUAACGUUAUUUACUAUGUAUUGAUUAUUAUUGUAUUUAUGUGGUGCACAGCACAGAACACCAAGAAUUAUCACAGUCAAUUAUUGUGAUGUUUGUUUGUGUCAAUCAAUCCCUUAAGGGAUGGGUUGCCAAAUGUCCAUUUAAUUCAUUCUCUGCAACUGAGAGCUAUAGUCGACCAUCUUGGCUCCCUGUUACACUGACCUCUAUUGAUCCCUGAGAGCCACUGUUGAGCCGUCAGGGCCGCCUCGUUGCCUGCUGUCAUGGGGAAGAUGUCUUCCUGGAAGGUCUUCGGGGACUGGAGAGAGGACAUAAAACAGUUUCUCUCACUCACUCACUCACUCACUCACUCACUCACUCACUCACUCACUCACUCACUCACUCACUCACUCACUCACUCACACACACACACAUUGUCAAGCAUGAGUAGGUCAGCGUGCAUCUGAAACCAAGUCAGCCCCUCUGAGAAUACACUGUACAGCAUACUGGACUACUCGUGUGUGUAUGGAUACUAUCAGUUUGUUUUUAGGGGAAUGGAACAUCCUGUGGUGGCUUUGGAUACAUAUACAGUGCAUUCGGAAAGUAUUUAGACCCCUUGACUUUAAACUUGGAUUAAAUUGUGUUUUUUCCCCUCAUCAAUCUACACACAACACCCCAUAAUGACAAAGCAAAAACAGAUUUUUAGAAAUUGUUGCAAAUGUAUAAAAAAUUAACUGAAAUCACAUUUACAUAAGUAUUCAGGCCCUUUACUCAGUACUUUGUUGAAGCACCCUUGGCAGCGAUUACUGCCUCGAGUCUUCUUGGGUAUGACGCUACAAGCUUGGCACACCUGUAUUUGGGGAGUUUCUCCCAUUCUUCUCUGCAGAUCCUCUCAAGCUCUGUCAGGUUGGAUGGGGAGCGUCGCUGCACAGCUAUUUUCAGGUCUCUCCAGAAAUGUUCGAUCGGGUUCAAGUCCGGGCUCUGGCUGGGCCACUCAAGGACAUUCAGAGACUUGUCCCGAAGCCACUCCUGCGAUGUCUUGGCUGUGUGCUUAGGGUCGUUGUCCUGUUUACCCCAGUCUGAGGUCCCGAGCGCUCUGGAGCUCUAUAAGGGAGGGUAAAGGAUGUAUUUACAGUGGGGGAAAAAAGUAUUUAGUCAGCCACCAAUUGUGCAAGUUCUCCCACUUAAAAAGAUGAGAGAGGCCUGUAAUUUUAAUCAUAGGUACACGUCAACUAUGACAGACAAAAUGAGGAAAAAAAAUCCAGAAAAUCACAUUGUAGGAUUUUUUAUGAAUUUAUUUGCAAAUUAUGGUGGAAAAUAAGUAUUUGGUCAAUAACAAAAGUUUCUCAAUACUUUGUUAUAUAGCCUUUGUUGGCAAUGACACAGGUCAAAUGUUUUCUGUAAGUCUUCACAAGGUUUUCACACACUGUUGCUGGUAUUUUGGCCCAUUCCUCCAUGCAGAUCUCCUCUAGAGCAGUGAUGUUUUGGGGCUGUCGCUGGGCAACACAGACUUUCAACUCCCUCCAAAGAUUUUCUAUGGGUUUGAGAUCUGGAGACUGGCUAGGCCGUCUAGGACCUUGAAAUGCUUCUUACGAAGCCACUCCUUCGUUGCCCGGGCGGUGUGUUUGGGAUCAUUGUCAUGCUGAAAGACCCAGCCACGUUUCAUCUUCAAUGCCCUUGCUGAUGGAAGGAGGUUUUCACUCAAAAUCUCACGAUACAUGGCCACAUUCAUUCUUUCCUUUACACGGAUCAGUCGUCCUGGUCCCUUUGCAGAAAAACAGCCCCAAAGCAUGAUGUUUCCACCCCCAUGCUUCACAGUAGGUAUGGUGUUCUUUGGAUGCAACUCAGCAUUCUUUGUCCUCCAAACACGACGAGUUGAGUUUUUACCAAAAAGUUCUAUUUUGGUUUCAUCUGACCAUAUGACAUUCUCCCAAUCCUCUUCUGGAUCAUCCAAAUGCACUCUAGCAAACUUCAGACGGGCCUGGACAUGUACUGGCUUAAGCAGGGGGACACGUCUGGCACUGCAGGAUUUGAGUCCCUGGCGGCGUAGUGUGUUACUGAUGGUAGGCUUUGUUACUUUGGUCCCAGCUCUCUGCAGGUCAUUCACUAGGUCCCCCCGUGUGGUUCUGGGAUUUUUGCUCACCGUUCUUGUGAUCAUUUUGACCCCAUGGUGUGAGAUCUUGCGUGGAGCCCCAGAUCGAGGGAGAUUAUCAGCGGUCUUGUAUGCCUUCCAUUUCCUAAUAAUUGCUCCCACAGUUGAUUUCUUCAAACCAAGCUGCUUACCUAUUGCAGAUUCAGUCUGCCCAGCCUGGUGCAGGUCUACAAUUUUGUUUCUGGUGUCCUUUGACAGCUCUUUGGUCUUGGCCAUAGUGGAGUUUGGAGUGUGACUGUUUGAGGUUGUGGACAGGUGUCUUUUAUACUGAUAACAAGUUCAAACAGGUGCCAUUAAUACAGGUAAUGAGUGGAGGACAGAGGAGCCUCUUAAAGAAGUUGUUACAGGUCUGUGAGAGCCAGAAAUCUUGCUUGUUUGUAGGUGACCAAAUACUUAUUUUCCACAAUAAUUUGCAAAUAAAUUCAUAAAAAAUCCUACAAUGUGAUUUUCUGGAUUUUUUUUCUCUCAAUUUGUCUGUCAUAGUUGACGUGUACCUAUGAUGAAAAUUACAGGCCUCUCUCAUCUUUUUAAGUGGGAGAACUUGCACAAUUGGUGGCUGACUAAAUACUUUCCCCCCCCCCCCCACUGUAUCUAGUGAGAAGAGAGAGGACUUCUGCUGACUGCACCACUAUCGGAUUGCUUCAUAGCUGAUAUCACAGCCUACCAAAGGGGCAAAGUGCCCGGGAUUGUUUUUCAAUCAGAUAAAACACCUUCAUGUAGAAACAUUUUGACAACAUGUUUGGAUUGUGUUCUAUUCUCCAGCCUUUGGUGGGUCCAGUCAGUAUUCGAUGGCAGAGUGGAGGGAGUGGGCAGGUCCAAGAUGAGUGCUGACACGCUAUUGAAGGAGACCCUGAUCAAGCGGUCUCAACAGAAGAGGUUAACAUCGCCGCUGAACUACAAGGAGAGGGUCUUCGUCCUCACCAAGACCAAGCUCACCUACUAUGAGUUCAGAGCAGAGGUGAGAGUAGCAGACACAUACACUGUAAACCCGAAUAAGUUAGCAGAACUUAAAAAAAGUGCCACAAUCAGUUGCCACAAUUUUUUUGAGUUCUUAAACUCAAACAUUUGAGUAUAUCAUCGCUUAUAUAUUUGGAGUUCAUGUUAAAUGUAAUUUAAAAUUAUAAUGAAAUUAAAUUUACUGAUUUAAGCCAACUCAAACAUUUUCAGUUUAUGCUACUCAGAAUAUUUAUUCAUCUUUCUCAUUGCAAUAACUCAAGAGAACUUAAUAAUUUCAAGCAUGAAAACUCAGGAUAUUUAUGUUUCAUUAACUUAACAUUUAUUAGUUUUUUUCAAUCAAUCUUCUGAUUACCCAUAACUCAAAAACAUAGACUUGUUACAACUCAAAAUCAUUUACCACCAAACUUAAAAUAUUUGUGGCAACUGAUUGCCUUAAAAAUAAUAAGUACUCUUGACUUAAAAGUAAAACAAAAAAACAUCAAAUUAAAAGUAAAUAUUUUUUCUAUUCAGAUGUUUAGUAUAAACUUUUCUUGCCCAGUCUUUUAGCAAAAAAAAAAUAGUUUUUUUAUAUAUAAUAUAUUAUUAUAUAUAAUAUAUAUAUAUAUAUUAUUAUUAUCUAUAUAUAUCUAUAUAUAUAUAUAUAACUCUAUAUAUAUAUAUAUAUAUAUAUAUAUAUAUAUACAUAAAACAACAUAAGUCUACUUCUGGGCAUUUUGUUUAUACAGUGUGGAGAACAAGUUUUUUGAUACACUGCCGAUUUUGCAGGUUUUCCUACUUACAAAGCAUGUAGAGGUCUGUAGUUUUUAUCAUAGGUACACUUCAACUGUGAGAGACGGAUCUAAACAAAAAUCCAUGAAAAUCACAUUGUAGGAUUGUUAGUUAAUUAUUUGCAUUUAUUGGCAUGACAUAAGUAUUUGAUCACCUACCAACCAGUAAGAAUUCCGGCUCUCACAGACCUGUUUAGUUUUUCUUUAAGAAGCCAUCCUGUUUUCCACUCAUUACCUGUAUUAACUGCACCUGUUUGAACUCAUUACCUGUAUAAAAGACACCUGUCUACACACUCAAUCAAACAGACUCCAACCUCUCCACAAUGGCCAAGACCAGAGAGCUGUGUAAGGACAUCAGGGAUAAAAUUGUAGACCUGCACAAGGCUGGGAUGGGCUACAGGACAAUAGGCAAGCAGCUUGGUGAGAAGGCAACAACUGUUGGUGCAAUUAUUAGAAAAUGGAAGAAGUUCAAGAUGACGGUCAAUCACCCUCGGUCUGGGGCUCCAUGCAAGAUCUCACCUCGUGGGCCAUCAAUGAUCAUGAGGAAGGUGAGGGAUCAGCCCAGAACUACACGGCAGGACCUGGUCAAUGACCUGAAGAGAGCUGGGACCACCGUCUCAAAGAAAACCAUUAGUAACACACUACGCCGUCAUGGAUUAAAAUCCUGCAGCGCACACAAGGUCCCCCUGCUCAAGCCAGCGCAUGUCCAGGCCCGUCUGAAGUUUGCCAAUGACCAUCUGGAUGAUCCAGAGGAGGAAUGGGAGAAGGUCAUGUGGACUGAUGAGACAAAAAUAUAGAUUUUUGGUCUAAACUCCACUCGCCGUGUUUGGAGGAAGAAGAAGGAUGAGUACAACACCAAGAACACCAUCCCAACCGUGAAGCAUGGAGGUGGAAACAUCAUUCUUUGGGGAUGCUUUUCUGCAAAGGGGACAGGACGACUGCACCAUAUUGAGGGGAGGAUGGAUGGGGCCAUGUAUCGUGAGAUCUUGGCCAACAACCUCCUUCCCUCAGUAAGAGCAUUGAAGAUGGGUCGUGGCUGGGUCUUCCAGCAUGACAACGACCCGAAACACACAGCCAGGGCAACUAAGGAGUGGCUCCGUAAGAAGCAUCUCAAGGUCCUGGAGUGGCCUAGCCAGUCUCCAGACCUGAACCCAAUAGAACAUCUUUGGAGGGAGCUGAAAGUCCGUAUUGCCCAGCGACAGCCACGAAACCUGAAGGAUCUGGAGAAAGUCUGUAUGGAGGGAGUGUGCCAAAAUCCCUGCUGCAGUGUGUGCAAAACCUGGUCAAGACCUACAGGAAACUAUGAUCUCUGUAAUUGCAACACAGGUUUCUGUACCAAAUAUUAAGCUCUGCUUUUCUGAUGUAUCAAAUACUUAUGUCAUGCAAUAAAAUGCAAAUUAAUUACUUAAAAAUCAUACAAUGUGAUUUUCUGGAUUUUUGUUUAAGAUUCCGUCUCUCACAGUUGAAGUGUACAUAUGAUAAAAAUUACAGACCUCUACAUGCUUUGUAAGUAGGAAAACCUGCAAAAUCGGCAGUGUAUCAAAUACUUGUUCUCCCCACUGUACGUGGUGUUUUACUGUAUUCUGUCCUGUCCAACCCCUGACUGUGGUCUGUCCUGUCCAACCCCUGCCUGUGGUCUGUCUCUCUGUUGGUUGUUAACAGAGAAAGUUCCAGAAGGGGUCCAUCGACCUGCAGAGAGUCCGGUGUGUGGAGAUUGUGAAGACUGAAGGAGGAGUCAUACCCUGUCAGAACAAAUACCCUUUCCAGGUGAGGUGUUGCAUUUAUAGCCAAUAUGAUGAGUAGAUGCCCCCCCAUAGCCAAUAUGAUGAGUAGAUGCCCCCCCCAUAGCCAAUAUGAUGAGUAAUGCCCCCCCCCCCAUAGCCAAUAUGAUGAGUAGAUGCCCCCCCCCCCCAUAGCCAAUAUGAUGAGUAGAUGCCCCCCCCCCCAUAGCCAAUAUGAUGAGUAAUGCCCCCCCCCCAUACCAAUAUGAUGAGUAGAUGCCCCCCCCCCCCCCAUAGCCAAUAUGAUGAUUCCCCCCCCCCCCCCAUGCCAAAAUGAUAUAGAUUCCCCCCCCCCAUACCAAUUAUGAGUAAUGCCCCCCCCCCAAGCCAAUAUAGGAAAAGGCCCCCCCCAAAUCCAAUAUGAGUAGUAAACAUGCCCCCCCCAUAGCCAAUAUUGAGUAAUCCCCCCCCCAUACCAAUAGAGUAGAUGCCCCCACCCCCCCUCCAAUAUGAUGAGUAGAUUCCCCCCCCCCAUAGCCAUAUGAUAGAUACCCCCCCCCCCAAUGGGCCCCCAUAAUGAGUACACCCCCCCCCCCCAUAGCCAAUAUGAUGAGUAAGAUGCCCCCCCCAUAGCCAUAUGAUGAUAGAUGCCCCCCCCAUAGCCAAUAGAUGAAGAUGCCCCCCCCCCAUAGCCACCACUGAUGAGUAGUGAUGCCCCCCCCCCAUAGCCAAUGAUGAGUAGAUCCCCCCCCCCCUAGCCAAUAUGAUGAGUAGAGGGCCCCCCCCCCCACCAAUGAUGAAUAGAUCCCCCCCCUAGCCAAUAUAGGUAGAAUGCCCCCCCCCCUAGCCAAUAUGAUGAUGCCCCCCCCCUAGCCAAUAUGAAGUAGAUGCCCCCCCCCCCAAUAGCCCAUAAUAUAAAAUGCCCCCCCCCCAUAAGCAUCCCCAUAGCCAAUUAGACCCCCCCCCCAACCAUAUAUGAGUAGAUGCCCCCCCCUACCAAUAUGAUUGAUGGGCCCCCCCCCCCCCAUAGCCAAUCAAUUAAGAUGCCCCCCCCCCAUAGCCAAAUGGAGAUCCCCCCCCACCAAUAUAAUGAUAAUCCCCCCCCCCCCAAUAUGAUGAGUAGUCACCCCCCCCCCCAAUGCCAUAUGAGAGUAAUGCCCCCCCCCCCAUAGCCAAUAUGAUGAAGAUUGCCCCCCCCCCCAUGCCAUUUUGAUGAUGCCCCCCCCCCCCACCCAAAUGAUGAGAUGCCCCCCCACCCCCCCCCCCCAUACCAAUAUAUGAUAGAUCCCCCCCCCCAUAGCCAAUAUGAGUAGACCCCCCCCCCCAUAGCCAAUAUAUGAUAGCAUGCCCCCCCAUAAGGCCCCCCCCCAUGCCCCCCCCCCCAUAGCCAAUAUGAUGAUAGAUCCCCCCCCCCCCCCCCAACACCCAAUAUGAUAUGAUUCCCCCCCCCAUAGCCAAAUUAUGAGUGAUGGCCCCCCCCCACCAAUAUGAGAUAGAUGCCCCCCCCAUAGCCAAUAUGAAGAGAUGCCCCCCCCAACCAAUAUGAUGAUAAUGCCCCCCCCCCAUAGCCAAUAUAUAGAAUGCCCCCCAUAGCCAAUAUGGAUAGAUCCCCCCCCAUACCAAUUGAGAGAUGAUGCCCCCCCCAUAGCCAAAGAUAGAUGCCCCCCCCCAUAGCCAAUUGAGAAGACCCCCCCCCAUAGCCAAUAUGAUGAGUAGAUCCCCCCCCCCCAUACCAAUAUGAUGAGUCCCCCCCCCUAGCAAUUGAGAAGAUGCCCCCCCCACCAAAUAGCCAAUUGAGAGUAGAUCCCCCCCCCAUAGGAAACCCCCCCCCCCCAUAGCCAAUGAUGAGUAAUGCCCCCCCCCCCAUAGCCAAUUAUGAUGAUCCCCCCCCCCCCCCAUAGCCAAUCCCCCCAAGAAGUAGAUGCCCCCCCCCCAAUCAGAUGAAUAGCCCCCCCCCAAGCAUAGAUGGAUGCCCCCCCCCCCCCAAUAUGAUGAGAAGCCCCCCCCCCCAAGCCAAUGAUGAGUAGUCCCCCCCCCCCCAUAGCCAAUAUGAUGAGUAGAUGCCCCCCCCCCCAUAGCCAUCACAAAAAUUUGAGUUGCCCCCCCCCCAUAGCCAAUAUGAGUAGAUGCCCCCCCCCCCACCAAUAUGAUAGUAGAUGCCCCCCCCCCCCCCCAACAAUAUAAUAGCCCCCCCCCCCUAGCCAAAUGAUAUGAUGCCCCCCCCCUAGCCAAUGACCCCCCCCAUAGCCAAUAUGAUGAGUAGAUGCCCCCCCCCCCAAUAUGAUGGUAGAUUGAGCCCCCCCCCCAACCAUAUAUGAGUAUGCCCCCCCCCCAAUGCCAAUGAUGAGUAGACCCCCCCCCCCCCCAAUAGCAAGACCCCCCCCCCCCCAUACAAUAUCCCCCGAAGUUAUAUGAUGGCCCCCCCCCCCAUAGCCAUAUGAAUAGUGCCCCCCCCCCCCCCCAAUAGAUUGGGAGCCCCCCCCCAUAGCCAAUAUGAGUUAUGCCCCCCCCCCCAUAGCCAUUUUGGAGUAGAUGCCCCCCCCAUAGCCAAUUUUUGGAUAGAGCCCCCCCCCAAUAAAUAGACACCCCCCCAUCCAAUGAAUAGAUGGCCCCCCCCCCCCCAAUAGCCAAUAUGUAGAUGCCCCCCCCCCAUAGCCAAUAUGAUAAGAAAGAUGCCCCCCCCCCCCACCCAAAUAUAUAGUAACCCCCCCCCCCCAUACCCAAUUAUAGUAAUCCCCCCCCAAACCCAAUAUGAUAUAGGGGGCCCCCCCCCCCUGAAAAUAUGAUGAGUAAUGCCCCCCCAAUAGAAUAGAUAGAAUGCCCCCCCCAUAGCCAAUAUGAUGAUAAAAUGCCCCCCAUAGCCAUAUGAUGAGUAGAUCCCCCAUUGCCCCCCCCCCAUAGCCAAUAGAUGAGUAAUGCCCCCCCCCCCAUAGCCAAUAUGAUGAGUAAAAUGCCCCCCCCCCCAUAGCCAUAUGAUGAGUAGAUGCCCCCCCCCCCAUACCCAAAUUGAUGAUAAUGCCCCCCCCCCAUAGCCAAUAUAAAUGAGUAGAUGCCCCCCCCCCCAUACCCAAAUAUGAUGAUGAUGCCCCCCCCCAUACCAAUGAUGAUAGAUGCCCCCCUCCAUACCAAAUUUAUGAUAAAUAGAUGCCCCCCCAUAGCCAAUAUGAUGAGUAGAUGCCCCCCAACCCAAAUUUUAUGAGUAAUGCCCCCCCCCCCCCCAUAGCCAAUAUGAUGAGUAAAAUGCCCCCCCAUAGCCAUAUAUGAGUAAUGCCCCCCCCCCAUAGCCAAUAUGAUGAGUAGAUGCCCCCCCCAUAGCCAAUAUGAAUGAGUAGAUGCCCCCCCCCCCCCCAUAGCCAAUAUGAUGAGUAGAUGCCCCCCCCAUAGCCAAUAUGAUGAGUAGAUGGCCCCCCCCCCAUACCAAUAUGAUGAGUAGAUGCCCCCCCCCCCCCCAUAGCCAAUAUGAUGAGUAGAUGCCCCCCCCCCCCCAUAGCCAAUAUGAUGAGUAAUGCCCAUGCCCCUCCCCCCCCAUAGCCAAUAUGAUGAGUAAUGCCCCCCCCCCCCCAUAGCCAUAUGAUGAGUAGAUGCCCCCCCCCCCCCCAUAGCCAUAUGAUGAGUAGAUGCCCUCCCCCCAUACCCAAAUAUGAUGAGUAGAUGGCCCCCCCCCCAUACCAAUAUGAUGAGUAGAUGCCCCCCCCCAUAGCCAAUAUGAUGAGUAGAUGCCCCCCCCCCCCCCCCAUAGCCAAUAUGAUGAUAGAUUGCCCCCCCCCCCAUAGCCAAUAUGAUGAGUAGAUGCCCCCCCCCCCCCCAUAGCCAAUAUGAUGAGUAGAUGCCCCCCCCCCCCCAUAGCCAAUAAUGAUAGAUCGAUGCCCCCCCCCAUAGCCAAUAUGAUGAGUAGAUGCCCCCCCCCAUACCCAAAUAUGAGUAGAUGCCCCCCAUAGCCAAUAUGAUGAGUAGAUGCCCCCCCCCCCCCCAUAGCCAAUAUGAUGAGUAGAUGCCCCCCCAUAGCCAAUAUGAUGAGUAAUGCCCCCCCAUAGCCAAUAUUGAUCGAUACGAUUGCCCCCCCCCCCCCCAUACCCAAAUAUGAUGAGUAGAUGCCCCCCCAUAGCCAUAUGAUGAGUAGAAUGCCCCCCCCCAUAGCCAAUAUGAUGAGUAGAUGCCCCCCCCAUAGCCAAUAUGAUGAGUAGAUGCCCCCCCCCCCAUACCCAAAUAUGAUGAAUAGAUGCGCCCCCCCCCCCCCCCAUAGCCAAUAUGAUGAGUAGAUGCCCCCACAUAGCCAAUAUGAUGAGUAGUUUGCCCCCCCAUAGCCAAUAUGAUGAGUAGAUGGCCCCCCCAUAGCCAAUAUGAUGAGUAGAUGCCCCCCCAUAGCCAAUAUGAUGAGUAGAUGCCCCCCCCAUAGCCAAUAUGAUGAGUAGAUGCCCCCCCACAUAGCCAAUAUGAUGAGUAGAUGCCCCCCCACAUAGCCAAUAUGAUGAGUAGAUGCCCCCCCACAUAGCCAUAUGAUGAGUAGAUGCCCCCCCACCAUAGCCAUAUGAUGAGUAGAUGCCCCCCCACAUAGCCAAUAUGAUGAGUAAUGCCCCCCCACUACCCAAAUAUGAUGAUAGAUGCCCCCCCACAUAGCCAAUAUGAUGAGUAGAUGCCCCCCCCCCCAUACCCAAAUAUGAUGAGUAGAUGCCCCCCCAUAGCCAUAUGAUGAGUAGAUGCCCCCCCCCCAUACCAAUAUGAUGAGUAGAUGCCCCCCCCCCACAUAGCCAAUAUGAUGAGUAUAUGCCCCCCCACAUAGCCAAUAUGAUGAUUAGAUGCCCCCCCCCCCUAGCCAAUAUGAUGAGUAGAUGCCCCCCCCCCCAUAGCCAUAUGAUGAGAAAGAUGCCCCCCCCCCAUAGCCAAUAUGAUGAGUAGAUGCCCCCCCCCAUAGCCAAUAUGAUGAGUAGAUGCCCCCCCCAUAGCCAAUAUGAUGAGUAGAUGCCCCCCCCCCAUAGCCAAUAUGAUGAGUAGAUGCCCCCCCCCCAUAGCCAAAUAUGAUGAGUAGAUGCCCCCCACAUAGCCAAUAUGAUGAGUAAAAUGCCCCCCCCCCAUAGCCAAUAUGAUGAGUAGAUGCCCCCCCCAUAGCCAAUAUGAUGAGUAGAUGCCCCCCCCCCCCCCAAGCCAAUAUGAUGAGUAGAUGCCCCCCAUAGCCAAUAUGAUGAGUAGAUGCCCCCCCCCAUAGCCAAUAUGAUGAGUGAUGCCCCCCCCCCCCCCCCACCCCCCUAGCCAAUAAUAUGGAGUAGAUGCCCCCCCAUAGCCAAUAUUAUGAGUAGAUGCCCCCCCCAAUAGCCAAUAUGAUGAGUAGAUGCCCCCCCCCCAUAGCCAAUAUGAUGAGUAGAUGCCCCCCCCCCCCAUAGCCAAUAUGAUGAGUAGAUGCCCCCCCCCAUAGCCAAUAUGAUGAGUAGAUGCCCCCCCCCAUAGCCAAUAUGAUGAGUAGAUGCCCCCCCCCAUAGCCAAUAUGAUAGUAGAUGCCCCCCCCCCCAUACCCAAAUAUGAUGAGUAGAUGCCCCCCCCCCAUACCCAAAUAUGAUGAGUAGAUGCCCGCCCCCCCCCCCCCCAUAGCCAAUAUGAUGAGUAGAUGUGCCCCCCCCAUAGCCAUAUGAUGAGUAGAUGCCCCCCCCCCCCCAUAGCCAAAUAUGAUGAGUAGAUCCCCCCCCAUAGCCAUAUGAUGAGUAGAUGCCCCCCCCCCAUAGCCAAUAUGAUGAGUAGAUGCCCCCCCCCCCAUAGCCAUAUGAUGAGUAGAUGCCCCCCCCAUAGCCAUAUGAUGAUAGAUGCCCCCCCCCCCCCAUAGCCAUAUGAUGAGUAGAAUGCCCCCCCCAUAGCCAUAUGAUAGUUAGGCCCCCCCCCCUCUCUCAACUAGGUGGUAAAUGACUCCAGUAUUCUCUAUGUAUUAGUCUGGGUGGUGUAUUAGUGUAUAGUGUUAAUGGUGGUCUCGUUCUCCCUCGUUCUCUCUCGUUCUGUCUCUCUCUCUCUCUCUGUCUCUGUCUCUCUCUCUCUCUCUCGUUCUGUCUCUCUCUCUCUCUCUCUCUCUGUCUCUCUCUCUCUCUCUCGUUCUCUCUCGUUCUCUCUCGUUCUCGUUCUCUCUCUCUCUCGUUCUCUCUCUCUCUCUCUCGUUCUCUCUCGUUCUCUCUCUCGUUCUCUCUCUCGUUCUCUCUCUCUCUCUCUCUCUCUGUCUCUGUCUCUGUCUCUGUCUCUCUCUCUCUGUCUCUCUGUCUCUCUGUCUCUCUGUCUCUGUCUCUGUCUCUGUCUCUGUCUCUCUCUCUGUCUCUCUGUCUCUUCCCCCCCUCCCAGGUGGUGUAUGACUCCAGUACUCUCUAUGUAUUUGCUCCCAGUUAUGAGAGUAGGAGUGUCUGGGUCCAAAACAUUAAGGAAGGUCAGUGACUAGCCAUAUUUACAUCCUCUAGUUGUUGUAUCCUAUGAUACGCUAUGCUACGCUACGCUACGCUACGCUGUAAAAUCUGUUGUUGUCAUCAUACAGAUGUAGGAUCUUAAUUUGAGCCAGUUUGCUGCAGCAGGAAAAUAAUCCUCCAGCAACAGGAAAUUUGAAUUAUUAUGUGGAUUAUAAUUAAUGGUAGGGGUUUAUAGAUUGUAAAGUGGAAAUUGCAACGUUUUUAGAAGCUUAAAUUUUCUUUUUUAAAUUAAACAUCGAAUACACUAAAAGUUUGCAUUUCCUGCCGUGCAGGAAUAUUCUCAGCAACAAAAGAGUAAUCAAAUGAAGAUCCUACAUCUGUAGGUACAGUGAGGGGAAAAAAGUAUUUGAUCCCCUGCUGAUUUUGUACGUUUGCCCACUGACAAAGAAAUGAUCAGUCUAUAAUUUUAAUGGUAGGUUUAUUUGAACAGUGAGAGACAGAAUAACAACAACAAAAAAUCCAGAAAAACGCAUGUCAAAAAUGUUAUAAAUUAGAUAAUAAUAAAUAAAUAAUAAUUAUUAUUAACAUAGUAGGCCUAUGUUAUAUCUCUCCGGUAGCUGAUUGACCAGAUCUUUUCCUCUCUUGUGUGUUGUUGUUGUUGUUGUUGUUGUUGUUGUUGUUGUGUUCCAGAGAUCAAGGAGAACUCUGUGAUCGUUACUAAGUUCCACCCUCAGUUCUGGCUGGAGGGGGUGUGGCUGUGCUGUCGUCAGGCAGAGAAACUGGCCCCGGGCUGUGAGGAGUACAACCUGUUUGGAGACCGUAAGAUCUGUCUGUCUUAUCGUUGCCAGAAUAAUGUGGACACACCUUCAAAAAUUAUCUAGUAAAUGAUAGUUAUGAAAUAAACCGGAACUUUCCACUCGAUAAAUUGAAAAGGCACUCGAACAAAAAGCUCUGAGGAAGGCCUUGAGGCCGAUAUGUAAAGCUUAAUAAAGAGCAGUGAUGCUGGUAUCACUGCUCUUGCUGGUAUCACUGCUCUUGCUGGUAUCACUGCUUUUGCUAGUAUCACUGCUCUUGCUAGUAUCACUGCUCUUGCUAGUAUCACUGCUCUUGCUAGUAUCACUGCUUUUGCUAGCAAGAGCAGUGAUACCAGCAAGAGCAUUUAUACUGUGAUACCAGCAAGACCAGUGAUGCCAGCAAGACCAGUGAUGCCAGCAAGACCAGUGAUGCCAGCAAGACCAGUGAUGCCAGCAAGACCAGUGAUGCCAGCAAGACCAGUGAUGCCAGCAAGAGCAUUUAUACUGUGAUACCAGCAAGACCAGUGAUGCCAGCAAGACCAGUGAUGCCAGCAAGACCAGUGAUGCCAGCAAGACCAGUGAUGCCAGCGAGACCAGUGAUGCCAGCGAGACCAGUGAUGCCAGCGAGACCAGUGAUGCCAGCGAGACCAGUGAUGCCAGCGAGACCAGUGAUGCCAGCGAGACCAGUGAUGCCAGUUAGAGCAGUGAUGCCAGUUAGAGCAGUGAUGCCAGUUAGAGCAGUGAUGCCAGUUAGGGCAGUGAUGCCAGUUAGGGCAGUGAUGCCAGUUAGGGCAGUGAUGCCAGUUAGGGCAGUGAUGCCAGUUAGAGCAGUGAUGCCAGUUAGAGCAGUGAUGCCAGUUAGAGCAGUGAUGCCAGUUAGAGCAGUGAUACCAGCGAGGGCAGUGAUACUAGUUAGAGCAGUGUACAGCUUUCUUCUUUUUUCUCUUAAGAAAUAAUUAAUAUUUCUCCUGUUCCUGAGUUAAUAUUAUAUUAAGUUAUGUGAGAGGUUAUAGACCCACAGUCAGUGUCCAGAUUUCAGCUAGGCUGCUAUUCAUUUGAACCCAUUGACGUGCCAUUUUGAAGUCCUGGUCUUGUGACUGUAAACUAGAUGACUGUUCUGGCUCCUCCUUUCUCUUUAUCUUCAACUCUCCAUUUCGCAGCUUUUUCUUAUUCAAUUAAACUUCGAAGUUGUCCUUUUUGCCUCAGUGGGCUUUUUCUGCCCAAAAGCAUUUGGCUGCGGAUUAUGAGUCAACCUGCGGGGGUUUGUGGGUUAUGUGUCAACCCUGCAUGUCACUAAUACACACAUACACACUCAUGGGGACAUGUUCUCUGUAGCUGUUGACUUUGAAUAAUGAAAGAACCAUUCUCUUCUUCCUCUUUUCAGUUUCGAGGAAACUUCUUCCCCCCAUACCUGGAGAGGAGGGCACAGGAAGUGUAUGAACACUUGUCUAGUUCUCAGAAGGAAUAUAGAGCCUUGUAGAGAUAAGAGAGAGAGAGGAGAGAGAGGAGAGAAGCUCUCGAGAGAGAGAGAGAGAGAGAGAGAGAGGAGAGCAUAGAGAUUCUCGAGCGCAGAGGGAGGCUAUCUAUAGUAUCUCUAUCGCGUAGCUCUCUCUCUACUCUCUCUUUCUCUUUCUAGAUCCUCUCUCUUAUCUCUCUCUCUCUCUCUCUCUCUCUCUCUCCUCUCUCUCUCUCUCUCUCUCUCUCUUCUCUGCUCUGUUCUCUCUCUCUCUCUCUCUGUCUCUCUCUCUGUCUCUCUCACACUCACAAACCCUUCUGAGUCAUUCCGCCUCAAAAAGCACAACAAUGAGGAUUUCGACAUCGACCAUCUCAGAUUGUUCUGAAAUCGUUUCUGUAGAUAGAAACAGAUACGAUUAGCAUUCCUGAAACAUUAUUUUGUUGAAAUAUAAUUUAAUCUCAGAAAUUAAGCCAAUUGAGUGCACCCAAAUUGGCAAUUUUAUGUAUUUAUAGGAUUCAUAUAAUCUUCAAUAAAGAUAGUACCUACCAUCUGAUUCCGGGCCAUAAUUCUUCCUAACAAUGAGUAAGACAUGAGGAAUCCAAUAAAAUUAUCAAAAGCCACCCAUGGACCCCCCCACACCCCACACCAAUCCCACCCCAACAACCAGUGUCUGUUCUCUAUUUCUGACAAGUAGUAUGGAGCUGCUGCUUGGAGUAUUGCUGCCUUUUAAUAUAUCCCCUGUGAAUCUGGUGAUGUGUUUUUUUAACAAUUUAUUUUCACCAUGAGCAAAAGCAAUUGGUUUUCUACCCAAAAUUGCAAAGAAAAUAUUGUGAUCCAUUUAAUAAACACAAGAGACCAGUAAAAUUGAUUUAAAAGGGUGUGGUAGCAGGAACAGCGGCAUCUAGUGGUCAAAACCUGGGAUUUUCACACUAAUUUAUGGUAAAUAAUGCACGUGACUUCAAUGGCAAAUUUUUCUGAACAGUGGGGGGAAAAAAACAUCACCAGAUUCACAGGGAAUACAUUACAUAAGAGGAAGAAAUAAUACUCCAAGCAGCAGCUCCAUACUACUUGUCAGACAUGGAGAACUAAUACUUUAUACUGGUUGUUGGGGUGGGAUUGGUGUGGGGUGUGGGGGGGUCCCUGGGUGGCUUUUGAUAAUUUUAUUGGAUUCCUCAUGUCUUACUCAUUGUUAGGAAGAAUUAUGGCCCAAAUCGGAUGUUCGGUGCAAUCAAUUAGCUUAAUUUCUCAGAGAUCUAAUUAUAUUUCAACAAAAUAAUGUUUCAGGAAUGCUAAUAUUAUCUGUUUCUAACUACAGAAACGAUUUGAGAACAAUCUGAGAUGGUGGGUGUCAUGGCUUUGCUGAAAUGACAUGGAAUAAACCCUUCUGUCUUCUAGAAUGUAUUUUGUAAUAUUCCUCUACGAAUAAUAAGCUAUAACAUAAACUAGUCAUACCUAGCAACAAGACAAGCUGGAGCCAACAAAAACAGGACAAAGUUAACAAAUGUCCCUUCUCCUCCCUUCCUCUUUCCUCCCUCCCUCCCCCAGUCUCGUCGGCCUCCCCCUCCCCCCCCUCCCGUACACGGCCCUGAUGAUGAUGAUGAUGGUAGUGUUGUUGAGGAGGAAGAGGAGGUUGUGAUAGCCCUGUAUGACUUCAAUGGUCCUGAACCACAUGACCUCACUAUGACCAAGGGAGGAGAAUACGUCAUACUGGAGAAAUGUGACAUCAACUGGUACAAGGCCCGCAACACAUACGGGUCAGUACAGUGUGUAUGUGAGCCUUUGCUUACUGUAAUUUGGCCCCUGGUAUAAUCUCACUGUAAUUUGGCCCCUUGGUAUAAUCUCACUGUAACUUGGCCCUGGUAUAAUCUCACUGUAACUUGGCCCCUGGUGUAAUCUCACUGUAACUUGGCCCCUGGUAAUCUCACUGUAACUUGACCCCUGGUAUAAUCUCACUGUAACUUGGCCCCUGGUAUAAUCUCACUGAACUUGGCCCUGGUUAUCUCUGUACUGCCCUGUGUAAUCCACUGUAACUUUGGGCCCCUGGUAUAAUCUCACUGUAACUUGGCCCCUUGGUAUAAUCUCACUGUAACUUGGCCCCUGGUAUAAUCUCACUGUAACUUGGCCCCUUGGUAUAAUCUCACUGUAACUUGGCCCCUUGGUAUAAUCUCACUGUAACUUGGCCCCUUGGUAUAAUCUCACUGUAACUGCCCCUGGUAUAAUCUCACUGUAACUUGGCCCCUGGUAUAAUUCACUGUAACUUGGCCCUGGUAUAAUCUCACUGUAACUUGGCCCCUGGUAUAAUCUCACUGUAACUUGGCCCCUGGUAAUCUCACUGUACUUGGGCCCCUUGGUAUAAUCUCACUGUAACUUGGCCCCUUGGUAUAAUCUCACUGUAACUUGGCCCCUGGUAUAAUCUCACUGUAACUUGGCCCCUGGUAUAAUCUCACUGUAACUUGGGCCCCCUGUUAUAAUCUCACUGUAACUGGCCGCCUUGGUAUAAUCUCACUGUUAACUUGGCCCCUGGGUAUAAUCUCACUGUAACUUGGCCCCUGGUAAAUCUCACUGGUAACUUGGCCCCUGGUAUAAUCUCACUGUAACUUGGCCCCUUGGUAUAAUCUCACUGUAACUUGGCCCCUGGUAUAAUCUCACUGUAACUUGGCCCCUGGUAUAAUCUCACUGUAACUUGGCCCCUGGUAUAAUCUCACUGUAACUUGGCCCCUGGUAUAAUCUCACUGUAACUUGGCCCCCUGGUAUAAUCUCACUGUAACUUGGCCCCUGGUAUAAUCUCACUGUAACUUGGCCCCUGGUAUAUCUCACUGUAACUUGGCCCCCUGUUAUAAUCUCACUGUAACUUGGCCCCUGGGUAAUCUCACUGUAACUUGGCCCCUGGUGUAAUCUCACUGUUAACUUGCCCCUGGUUAAUCUCACUGUAACUGGCCCCUGGUGUAAUCUCACUGUAACUUGGCCCCUGGUGUAAUCUCACUGUAACUUGGCCCCUGGUAUAAUCUAGGUCUUUGGACCUUCACAUUGCACAUCUGAGUUUGUUUGUUUGUUUGUUGACAUGCAGGGAGGAGGGCUACUCCCCAGAUAACUCGCUGUAACAGAGCAAAGUGGGGUAACCUGGAAACAGUAUGGCUGGAGUAUGCGACAGUAAUUGGCCUGGUAUGCGAAUCAGUACUUGGCAUGCGUAGCAUAUGGUCGUGAGUAUGCGACAGUCAUGAGUUGUGUAUGGAUGUUGGUGAGAUGCGUGGAGGAGGGUAAUGCUAGCACAGUUGCGAGAUAGAGUAUGCCACAGUAUGCGUGAGUAAAGUGCUGUGAGGCUAGAACGUGGUAAAGAACACCAUUAGAACGUUAUGUUGCUUUUACAUCAGCACCAGGGUAGAUGCUAAGAGGGAUCCUUACCUAACCUUAACCCUUUUAAAUGUAAACUUUAAUAACCCCCCCCCCCCCCCCACCACCACCACCACGUUGCGAUUUAAAACAUUUUAGCAUCCCCCCCCUCUUCAAAGCGGAGAGAAGUAUUUUGAGUUUUAUAGUUCAUUUCCUGCAAUUCUACACAUUUUGCCAUAAGGUGGAGAGAAAUGUUUGCAGUUUUUUAAAUAUGAUAUCUGAGUGAGACUGACUAACAAAAUUAAAGGGGGUCCCCCCCUGUUGGUAAUUCAACGAAGUUUAGAUAGCUGGCCGUUACACUAAUUUACCAAUCUAAAAAAAAUGUUUAUUCUGACAUGAGCUAAGUGAGUGACUAUCAAUGACUGACGUAAGUAACACGAGACACUGCUGAUGCACAACCAAAAGUCGACUGUCAGCCACUAGCUAGCCCAUGUUGAAUUAUGAAAUAGAUUUGCCAUCAAAAGGUUGCAUUAGUAAACACACCCAAGAGGGAAAGGAUUAGCCAGCUAACAACUCCAUUAAAGUUGGCAAGUAAGUCAACCUGGUCUCAGAGCAUUAGUGUGUUUAUUCUGUAAGUAAAUCCGAGACACUCAAUUCGAAAUAGAAUAGUAAAAUAAACUUACCACAGUAAAUUGAGACCCCAACUAAGUAAAAAAAAUACAUAUACAGGAAUUCCCAAAUAAAGGAACACCCCGAAUUGCGGGCUGCAGUUGUAGCUCAAUCGGUAGAGCGCGGCGCUUGUAACGCCCAGGGUAGUGGGUUCCGAUCCCCGGGACCACCCCAUACGUAAAAAUGUAUGCGCACAUGACUGUAAGUCGCUUUGGAUAAAAGCGUCUGCUAAAUGGCUUAUUAUUAUUAUUAUUAUUAUUAUUAAGUAAACUCAGCAAAAAAAGAAACGUCCCUUUUUCAGGACCCUGUCUUUAAAGAUAUUUAGUAAAAAUCCAAAUAACUUCACAGAUCUUCAUUGUAAAGGGUUUAAACACUGUUUCCCAUGCUUGUUCAAUGAACCAUAAACAAUUAAUGAACAUGCACCUGUGGAACGAUCGUUAAGACACUAACAGCUUACAGAUGGUAGGCAAUUAAGGUCACAGUUAUGAAAACUUAGGACACUAAAGAGGCCUUUCUACUGACUCUGAAAAACACCAAAAGAAAGAUGCCCAGGGUCCCUGCUCAUCUGCGUGAACGUGCCUUAGGCAUGCUGCAAGGAGGCAUGAGGACUGCAGAUGUGGCCAAGGCAAUAAAUUGCAAUGUCCGUACUGUGAGACGCCUAAGACAGCGCUACAUGGAGACAGGACGGACAGCUGAUCGUCCUCGCAGUGGCAGACCAUGUGUAACAACACCUGCACAGGACCGGUACAUCCGAACAUCACACCUGCGGGACAGGUACAGGAUGGCAACAACAACUGCCCGAGUUACACAUCAGACUGUCCGCAAUAGGCUGAGAGAGGCUGGACUGAGGGCUUGAAGGCCUGUUGUAAGGCAGGUCCUCACCAGACAUCACCAGCAACAACAUCUCCUAUGGGCACAAACCCACCAUCGCUGGACCAGACAGGACUGGCAAAAAGUGCUCAUCACUGACAAGUCACGGUUUUGUCUCACCAGGGGUGAUGGUCGGAUUCGCGUUUAUCGUCGAAGGAAUGAGCGUUACACCGAGGCCUGUACUCUGGAGCGGGAUCGAUUUGGAGGUGGAGGGUUCGUCAUGGUCUGGGGCGGUGUGUCACAGCAUCAUCGGACUGAGCUUGUUGUCAUUGCAGGCAAUCUCAACGCUGUGCGCUACAGGGAAGACAUCCUCCUCCCUCAUGUGGUACCCUUCCUGCAGGCUCAUCCUGACAUGACCCUCCAGCAUCACAAUGCCACCAGCCAUACUGCUCGUUCUGUGCGUGAUUUCCUGCAAGACAGGGAUGUCAGUGUUCUGCCAUGGCCAGCAAGGAGCCUGGAUCUCAAUCCCAUUGAGCAGGUCUGGGACCUGUUGGAUCGGAGGGUGAGGGCUAGGGCUAUUCCCCCCAGAAAUGUCAGGGAACUUGCAGGUCUCUUUGUGGAAGAGUGGGGUAACAUCUCACAGCAAGAACUGGCAAAUCUGGUGCAGUCAAUGAGUCCAGGAGAUGCACUGCAGUACUUAAUGCAGCUGAUGGCCACACCAGAUACUGACUGUUACUUUUGAUUUUGACCCCCCCCCCCUUUUGUUCAGGGACACAUUAUUCAAUUUCGGUUAGUCACAUGUCUGUGGAACUUGUUUAGUUCAGUUGUUGAAUCUUGUUGAGAUGGGUGUGGCUUGAUGACUGUUGCACUUCCGAUUUCAAGGGCAAUGGUCAAGGGCAGCCUUUUCCCACAAUCUAUAAGGGCACUCUCUGGUUGAAUUUAAUAUUUCAGAUUUCAAUAAUUUUCAUUUUGAGUUUUAAGGUUGUUAUUGUUUUUUUGAUUUUUUAUCAGGCGACCCCCUAGUAUGGGAACGGCUUGACGGAAAUGGUAGCAGAAGGUGAAUGUUAAACGUUUGUUGCACACACAUCCAGAUGACGCCGCGUACCAUGAUGCUGUAGGUGCGAUUUGAGGCGGUAGUCGUGGAUGGAUCAGAGCAACAGAUAGAAUUGGUCAAUAGGUGUCAUAAUUACCUGGAGGAAUCUGACCUGCAAUAGGUAAACAAAGCCGCUGUACUUAUAUAAAAAUGUAUCACUUUGAAGUGACACAAAUUACAAAUUUAAGCUUUCACCUAUCCAUUUCGAGAUACUUUUGGAUAUAUAGUGUAUGUGGUCACCCCUUCAAAUUAGUGGAUUCGGCUAUUUCAGCCACACCCGUUGCUGACAGGUGUAUAAAAUCGAGCACACAGCCAUGCAAUCUCCAUAGACAAACAUUGGCAGUAGAAUGGCCCUUACUGAAGAGCUCAGUGACUUUCAACGUGGCACCGUCAUAGGAUGCCACCUUUCCAACAAGUCAGUUCGUCACAUUUCUGCCCUGCUAGAGCUGCCCCGGUCAACUGUAAGUGCUGUUAUUGGGAAGUGGAAACGUCUAGGAGCAACAACGGCUCAGCCCUAAAAUGGUAGGCCACACAAGCUCACAGAACGGGACCGCCGAGUGCUGAAGCACGUAGCGCGUAAAAAUUGUCUGUCCUCGGUUGCAACACUCACUACCGAGUUCCAAACUGCCUCUGGAAGCAACGUCAGCACAAUAACUGUUCGUUGGGAGCUUCAUGAAAUGGGUUUCCAUGGCCGAGCAGCCGCACACAAGCCUAAGGUCACCAUGAGCAAUGCCAAGCAUCGGCUGGAGUAGUGUAAAGCUCGCCGCCAUUGGACUCUGGAGCAGUGGAAAUGCGUUCUCUGGAGCGAUGAACCACGCUUCACCAUCUGGCAGUCUGACGGACCCUUAGUUCCAGCAAAGGGAAAUCUUAACGCUACAGCAUACAAUGAUGUUCUAGACGAUUCUGUGCUUCCAACUUUGUGGCAACAGUUUGGGGAAGGCCCUUUCCUGUUUCAGCAUUACAAUGCCGCCAUGCACAAAGCGAGGUCCAUACAGAAAUGGUUUGUCGAGAUCGGUGUGGAAGAACUUGACUGACCUGCAGAGCCCUGACCUCAACCACAUCGAACACCUUUGGGAUGAAAUGGAACGCCGACUGCGAGCCAGGCCUAGUUACCCAACAUCAGUGCCCGACCUCACUAAUGCUUUUGUGGCUGAAUGGAAGCAAGUCCUCGCAGCAAUGUUCCAACAUCUAGUGGAAAGCCUUCCCAGAAGAGUGGAGGCUGUUAUAGCAGCAAAGGGGGGAACCAACUCCAUAUUAAUGCCCAUGAUUUUGGAAUGAGAUGUUCAAUGAGCAGGUGUCCACAUACUUUUGGCCAAUGUAGAGUAUAUUAAACGAUUUAAAGAAAUUUGAGAUUUUAUUUGGGAUUUACUGAGUCUGGCUUUAAGCGUUUUUAUAUGAACUAAUGGAUAUAAUAAUUAAUAUUAAUAAAUAAAGUGUUGUGUGUUUUCAGCUGGUACAGUAAACAUGUCAACCGGAACAAAGCAGAGGAACUACUGCGGAGAGAGGCGAGUUGAUAGAUAAAUAUAUAUAUAAUAUAUAUAUAUAUAUAUAUACACAGUACCAGUCAAAGGUUUGGACACACCUACUCAUUCAAGGGUUUUUAUUUUAUUUGUACUAUUUUCUACAUUGUAGAAUAAUAGUGAAGACAUCAACACUAUGAAAUAACACAUAUGGAAUCAUGUAGUAACCAAAACAGUGUUAAAGAAAUCAAUAUAUAUUUGAUAUUCUUCAAAUAGCCACCCUUUGCUUGGAAAAGCAUUUCCUCAUGAAGCUGGUUGAGAGAAUGCCAAGAGUGUGCAAAAGCUGUCAUCAAGGCAGAGGGUGGCUAUUCGAAGCUGUCAUCAAGGCAGAGGGUGGCUAUUCAAAGCUGUCAUCAAGGCAGAGGGUGGCUAUUUAAAGCUGUCAUCAAGGCAGAGGGUGGCUAUUUAAAGCUGUCAUCAAGGCAGAGGGUGGCUAUUCAAAGCUGUCAUCAAGGCAGAGGGUGGCUAUUCAAAGCUGUCAUCAAGGCAGAGGGUGGCUAUUCAAAGCUGUCAUCAAGGCAGAGGGUGGCUAUUUGAAGAAUCUCAAAUAUAAAACAUAUUUUGAUUUGUUGAACACUUUCUUUUUUUUUUUUUUGGUUACUACAUAAUUAUUACAUAGUUUUGAUGUCUUCACUAUUAUUCUACAAUGUAGAAAAUAGUAAAAAUUAAAGAAAAACCCUGGAAUGAGUAGGUGUGUCCAAACCUUUGACUGGUAGUGUGUGCGUGUGAGUAACUCUGUCUCCCUCUACAGGAUAAAGAGGGAGGGUUCAUGGUAAGAGACUCCAGUAAACCAGGAACGUUUACCGUCUCCCUGUACACCAAGUCAGCAGGGUACGCAUCAAUAGGGAGGGGGGGAUGGAGGGAGGGAGGGAGGGAGGGGAGGGGGGGGGUGUUACCGUCCUCUCUGUACACCAAGUCGCAGGGUACGCAUCAAUAGGGAGGGGGGGAGGGAGGGAGGGAGGGGAGGGAGGGAGGGGAGGGGGGGGAGUUUACCGUCUCUCUGGUAUCACCAUUCAGCAGGGUACGCAUCAAAGGGAGGGAGGGGUGGGGUUUAUCCUAGGUUAUAACGUUUUAAAUGUUAUCUUGGGUCAGCAUAAUGUUUCAAUUCUUCGUGUCAGUAAAACAUUGUCUGAAGUUUGGAUCAGUCAAACGUUGUAUAAACGUUGUGUGACGGUCAUAGGGAGGGGGGUGUGGCUAUCAGGCAUUACCACAUCAAGGAGACCCCAGGCAGCCCCAGACAGUUCUACCUGGCUGAGAAACACCCACCUCCAUACCUGACACCAAUAGGGGUACCGACACUACAAGGGGGCAGGUGGAGGUCACCCUCACCUACCCCUACACCCACACACCCUUCCACAUCGUAUCUGCACAACUCCAUCCGCCAGCCACACCACACAUCUCCUACAUCAUCACCCACCCACCACCUCGCACUCAUUCUGUACGCAGGGGGGAGGGCACAGGCUUGAGGUACACUCACAGGAGAACCGAAACCCAGACGCACGACAGAAUCCAUCACCCAGUCGCCCGUGAGAUCACCACACUCACGCUGCAGGCGACCCCCACAACACACCACACGACACGCACACACGCCACCACAAGCGCAGCCACGCGACGCGACCACACACAGACGACAGACGCGACGCAGAACGCAAACGCCACGCAGACGAGACACGACGGGACGGGACCGACGACGCGACGCGACGCGACCGAGGACGACGCGAGCGACGAGACGACGCGACCACGCGCGACGCGACGCGACGCGACCGCGCGACGCGCGGACGACACGGACGACGACGCGACGCGACGCGACCACGGACGCGACGCGACGGCGACGCGACGACAGCGACGACACGGACGCGACGAGAGACGACGCGACGCGACGGACGGGACGGGACGCGAUCGCCGACGACGCGACGACAGAGACGCGACGACGAACGCGACGGACGGAGCGACGGACGACGCGCGGACGAGCGACGGACGACCGACGCGACGAGGGACGCACGCGCGAGCGACGCGACGCGACGAGAGGCGACGCGACGCAAGCGACGCGACGCGACGCGACGCGACUGCGACGAGAGGACGACGCGACGGACGGACGACGACGCGAGCACGCGACGCGACGCGACGAGAACACGACGGAGACGCGACGAACGACGACGCGACGCGACGAGAGACGACGAGACGAGCGACGCGACGACGAGGACGACGCGAGGGCGACGCGACGCGACGAAGAGACGCACGCGACGCGGACGCGAC